GACCUAACACGGUGAAACCUAUUCGGGGACAAGAGAUCUCCUCUUCUUCAGUUUCACCCGAAAGUAGGGUGAAAAAAAUCUCUCCUCUUCUUGUGGCAGGGUUUCCUUCGCCCCCAAUCUGCGACAUCUAGGGUUUCCCUCCUUGGCGCCUGGCGGCCAUACUCGCAGCAGACGCCGAGCCGAAGGUUUCCCUCUCUUUCGUUUUGAGUGCGUUGAAUGCCAAGGAGUUGUAUUGGCUAUUCCACCCGUGGCCACUUUGUUGUCUUGGAGUAUCUAAGAAGGGAUUUGCGGUUAUUUUUCGUCGGAGUUACGGUCAAAUAUCAAGCUCUCUUCCUUUCAGACUGUCCUUUUCUUUUGAAGUUAAUACAGUCUUUGUAGGUGCAUACGGAAAAGUAACUUAGGAUCGGUGUGUUUGCUACUAGAUAUGGAAGAUGAUGAAGUGACAUCUGACCAGAUUAACAAGCGUGAGAACAUAGUUUGGGCAGAUAACGAGAUUGAUUAUCUGGUCCAGUGCUUAAUAGAACAAGCACGAAUGCCAGGGAUGAAAGUAAAAGGAGGGUUAAAAGGAAAAGCAAUGGCAACCAUUGAGAAGAAAAUGAUUGAAAAGUUUGGGCCAGAAUUCACAAAGGAAAAAAUUAAAAAUAAACUGAAGUAUGUGAAGCCAAAUUUGACAACUUGCAAGGAAAUUCUCGAUACUAGUGGCUUUAGUUGGGAUCCUGUAAAGAAGUGCAUCGAUGUUGAUGACAGUGCAUGGAGGGAUUACAUUCAGAAAUAUCCGGAUAGAAAGAGAUACAGAAAUGCUCAAAAAUGGAAAUACUUCGAAGAAUUUCAAGAGGUAUACGGAGACUCUAAUGCUAAUUGUGAAGAUAUGGAAGAUGAUGAGGUGACAUCUGAUCAAGGCAGGAAAAAUGAGAACUUAGUGUGGACAGAUAAUCAAAUUGAUUAUCUAGUUCAAUGUCUAUUAGAACAAGCACGAAAUCCAGGAAUGAAACUAAGAGGAGGAGGGUUUAAGGGAAGAGCAAUGACAAUUAUUGAGAAGAAAAUGAUUGAAAAGUUUGGACCAGAAUUCACAAAGGAAAAAAUUAGAAAUAAAUUGAAAUAUGUGAAGCCAAAUCUGUCAAUUUGCAAGGAAAUUCUCAAUACUAGCGGUUUUACUUGGGAUCCUGUUAAGAGAUGCAUUGAUGUUAGUGACAAUGUUUGGAGGGAUUACAUUCAGAGAUAUCCAGAUAGAAAGAAAUACAGAAAUGCUGAAAAAUGGAGGCACUUCGAAGAGUUUCAAGAGAUAUAUGGUGACUCUGACAUCAAUGGUGAUUGUAAGGGUAUUGUUAAUCAUGUGAAUGGUACUGCUGGACUGCUAUGUGAUGCACUGGGAAGAGAAUCAUUCACUUCCAUGUUCAAUGCUGAUAGUCCGAUGCACACUCCAGCACAUCACGGCCUUUCUUCUUCUAGUGAUGAAAGGCAAGGAAAAACUAAGCGACGAAAACACACAGACGAAGGAGAACAUGUAUUGAGUUCCAUUGCUAAUAACAUGCAAACUCUUAUAGAAAAUUCAAGAUAUUAUCAGGUUGGUGCUUGUACAAAGAUUUUGCGAAAGAUGCGUACUACUGGAGAGAUAGACAUUGAUCUUCAUAUGAAAGCUCUUGACUUGCUGGAAGACAAAGAGAAGACUGUGAUAUUUCUUAAUCUAGAACCUGAGAUGAGGGUGUCUUGGUUGAUUCACAAAGUUUCUAAGGUCUAAGAACAAAGAAUAUUUGUAUGUGAAUCUUCUAUAGUUAAGUGUUCUUCUACUAGUAUGUGAAUCUUAUAUAUCAUUUAGUUAGUUUAUCUAAUUCUCUUUAUAUGCA